ACAUAAAUGAGCUCCGGCCGAGUUGCAGUCUUCCGGAUCUGAUUUUGUGGUUAUAGCCGAAUGCCUAACGUUCUUCUCAUCCUAUUGCGCACGCCCCGGAUAUCCUGUGCUCUCCAGCUUCAGCUCCUGCUCCUGCUCUUGCUCCAACGACUCCAACUACAACUCCGGCAUCGUCUACCUCAUAACCUCCCCCAUUCCAUUCAUAUCCCUCACGGUCUACCUUGCGAUUGUUGGAUGACCGUUGGCGACUAAGAUACGCGACAAUUGAGUUGGGAACCUUCGCCAUGGCGCCUCACAAGGGCCAGGCUAAACCUGGGAAAGUCUCUUCCGGCCAUGUGAAGAAACCGUCCGCCGUAACCCAAGGCCGAACGAUUGUGCAACCAGCCAUUCCUCUUCCUAUGAUUCCUAAGCAGCAUACGAAACCAGCCAAACAUACCUCGACACCCUCCUCGACCAACGGUUUCCCAGCCUCGUCGCUAGAGGCAGCACUUGCCGGUCAUGGUGAUAAUAUCGCUGUUCCCGUCUCUACUCUGGGUCCUGUUCUAGAUGGCGUAAAAGCUCUCCGACGGCCAGCCAAGGCUCCUAACGGUUCAAAUGUGGAGAAGCCCGAAAACGCCACCGACGUUACCAACGGUGCACUUGAUGAACGUAACGACAAGAAUUUCUAUGCUCUCACCUCUACCUCUACCUCCGCCUCCACUGCCGCUAUCGCUGCCGGCCCAACCUUAACCACCGCUUCCGUAAAUGGUAUAAAUGGGACAAACACCACUAUUCAACACGCAUCUAUCCCGUCCGUAGCGCAUGCUGUGCCCAGUGCUGGAUCAAGUUCUAGUUCCGCUUCUGUCACUGCUUCGGCGAAUGACAUCGGUGAAGGCGCGCGCGAUGCAGUUCAACAUAUCUUGCAGCCACAGCCGCAGCCAAAUCCAUCCUCGCCUAGUCUUCUCUUAAACCAACAGCAACCCCCCCUCAGUCACCACCAUCUGCCUGUCCACCCUUUACAGCAUCAGAUUUCGACCGACGAGAUACCAGAUCCUUCAAAUAUUCACGGCCCGCCCCGCCUCAACCAUUACCAACGUCAACACCAAGCUCAACACCACCCCCAUGUGAGCAAUGGUGGCGGUGUCAUUUUUGGCGGCUUUGCCGGUUCGCAUACACCUUCGCCGGUACCUCCCCCUAGCGGUUUCGUGUCACCCCCACAUCCUCCAACCAUGGCCAUCAACGGCGAGAAUGGUAUACAUCCGCGACCUAACGGCCAUCACCACGCACAUUCCGGAAAUGGCUUCCCUGGUACCAUCAACACACAAUUUCGCCCUGAUGUCAUGUCGUUAUCCACUAUCGAUACGUACGGGCAGGUGCCCGCCCCCGCCCCCGCCCCGUUCGACCCAUUCUCCCCCAGCGUCGCUCGAUAUGGCCUCGAGACGCCUCACAGCAUCCACGGCUCGCAUGCUUCGGGCGAGUUGAAUGGCAUCGAGAAUGUGGCAGUGCCUCCUUAUCAUCCUAACGGCCCUCCCUAUGCCGGUCAUGGUCAUCACGAGCACCCCGUCGGGCAUCCACAUGCAGGCCCUCACUUUCCGCUUUUUAUGCCCCCAGGCCCUUUUUCCCGAUACCCCGGCAUUAGCGACAAUGGUCUAGGGGAUAGCAUUGCGUACUUUCAGGAUCAAUUUGACAACAAAGAACUUACCGACUGCGUCCUGGAAUUGGUCCCCACUAAACGGCUACACCACCCGGUCAAGAUUACCGGCCACAAGCUUGUGUUUGCCCGUAGCCCGGCGCUAAGGCAGCAUAUCAUGGCUGCUCGCGCUACCGAUCUUGGUUCCCAUACCAUCACCGUCGAGUCAGAUGACCAAUAUCUGCGUUCUGACGCUUGGUGGAAUGCCGUACGGCGGUUGUACCUUUACCCUCUACUCACCCCUGCCAUGCUAACUAGCAGAACUCAUACUCUACAAUUGAGUGAUGAUAAAGCGGACCGGUUCGAAUUCUGUCUGGGUUACGCCGCCGCCGGCCACCUGCUGAACAUGCACGACGUUUUUUUGCGCGGCUUGCGGAUGGCAGCCGACUUCCUCACUUGGAGCACUGCGGAAGAUGCUCUCGCUUUCGUUUUUGAAGGUGCCAUACAGCGCCAUGAAAAAUACGAUGAUGACCAGGACGCUGAGUUGGACUACGUGUACGGUCCGGACGUUGGGUUCCUUCGGGAUAUAAUCAGGGAUUUCAUCGUCAACGCAUUUCCCGUUGACUUCGAAUUCGACCCGUCAGUUUAUGACCCCCCAAAACUUGCGCGUAUCCCGCCAGCUGCAGGCGUUACACCUUCGCCAAUGAGCUCUAUACCUACCAUCGCUAGAGGCACGAAUAUGCGCAGUCCUACAAAAUCCCAACGUCUAACCAGCAUUAAGUUCGGCGAUCUCCCGGCUGCCUAUCCAGACGAUGCUGCGGGUCCUCUCCGUGAUCUUGAUAAUUCGUCUCCGGCCCUUUCACGUAUAUUACUCAACUUGCCGUUCAACGAACUCUGCAGGGUACUCACUUCGCAGAACGACGGGAUCCCGGGUAUGCAUACAGCACAAAUUCGAUACCAUGCGAUUGCCGAUGUGGUUGCCGAGAGAGAGGCACGACGGUUACGCGCUGUUGAAGCGGUCCGUGCCGGACUAGUUCCCAAUUCCGAAGACAUCCAACAACGUCUGUCAGCUCAACGCCGCUACGCCAUAGUCGAGCCAUGGGACGUGCUGAAUUGGGAGGAGACCGUAAUCCAGCCCACAGGUGCCGAGCUUCCUCGGAUGGUACGUACGUGGGUCUCGCAAUUCGCCGUUGCUUCCGACGGGUCCCAGCACCAAUUAAAGCCCCUACAGUACGAGUCCCGGAACUCCAUGGUUUAGCUUCCCGACUCGAGUAUCGCGUAGCGGGACUCAUGAUUGGGUGGCAGAUUUGGUCGACACAAUGGAAUGAAGGUUCCUAUGUUACAUGGCAUGGCGGUUCUGUCAUUUGUCUUUUCUUAUUAACAGCAAAUCUCCUAUGGUGCUCACCAUCUCUCUAUCGACUCACCCCGGGUAUGAAGGUUCUCCAUAAAACCAACUAAAAAAUACUCGCUCGGUCGAGCUAAUUACUACUGUCGUGAAUACGGGCAAUGAUAGGUCGGAAAGGGGGUUAAACAGUACAGGAGGAUUGCGAAUAGCA